CAAAAAAAAAGAGAAGAGUUAUCGAAAAAAUUAAAAAUAUAAAAUUAUUACUUAAAAUGAUUAGUAAAUGUAAUUCACUUGAAAUGAUACAUUUUCGCAUUUUAACAAAUUCAUAUUCAGGAAUGCGUCGAAAUUGUCAAAAAUGGAUUAUUGAUCAAUGGCCACAGAUAUGUUAUACAUCCGGUGACACCGAUACAUCUAGGAUACAUUCCUGUGAAAUGCUUUCCACAUUUCCAGCUUGCAUCGAUAGAUCAAUUCUUGAUAAUGAUAAUGCCGCUUCGUUAUGCCAGUGUAUUCAACAAUGUACCGCAGCAAGAUCACAUGCAACUCUAAAAUACGUAUUCUAUAACGUCUUCCUUACUUUUGUAUUUUGUUUGUUAUUAUGCAAUAGCAGAUUAGUUAUGGCAUAUCCUGCUUCAAUUCAGAUUAGUAGUACAAGUACACCGGUAGUGUCGCUUUUGGGAAAGCCAGUGACGGCGAAAAAUUCCCUAAAUGCCACUACAUCGCUGUUGUUAAGCAUGCACCAGAGAUUUUCAAUGGAGAACAAUUCGAUACAAAAGCAGCCAUCGUCCGUGCCGUCGUCAACGGUUCAAGAAAGAAGUCGUGCCUUAAAACGUGUAUUUCUAUCAAAUCGUACCAUUGUAUGUAACGAUGGAACUUUGGCUGGAUUUUAUUUGCGUAAGAAUGCAAAUUCAAGGAAAUGGAUUGUGUUCCUAGAAGGCGGUUGGCAUUGUUACGAUAUGAAAACAUGCCGUUCUCGUUGGACUCGUUUAAGGCAUUUAAUGACAUCUUCUCAAUGGCCCGAAACCAGGGAUGUUGGCGGUAUUUUGUCUCCUCUACCCGAGGAGAAUUCUUAUUGGCAUAGCGCGAAUCAUGUUUUGGUGCCCUAUUGCAGCAGUGAUUCCUGGUCUGGUACGAAAGCGGAGCCUGACUCACCUGAAUUAAAUUUUCGUUUCAUGGGCGCGCUUAUAUUGCGUCAAGUUGUCUCAGAUCUUAUACCGUUGGGCUUGGGUCGAGCAAAAGGAGCCGAACUGUUGCUGGUAGGUUCGUCAGCUGGCGGAUUGGGAGUAAUGCUGAAUCUCGACCGCAUCACACAUUAUUUACAACAUGAACGUCAACUUCAGGUAACAGUAAGAGGUGUCAGCGAUUCGGGUUGGUUUUUGGACCGUGAACCUUACACACCCUCUGCAGUUGCAUCUAGCGAAGCUGUACGCCAAGGUUGGUCGAUGUGGCAAGGCUCACUACCAGAAUCCUGUGCACAGUUGCACAAAUCUGAACCGUGGCGUUGUUAUUUUGGUUAUCGACUUUAUCCAACAUUAAAAGCUCCAUUGUUUGUGUUUCAAUGGCUAUUCGAUGAAGCUCAAAUGAGAGCCGAUAAUGUCGCUUCCCCCGUAACACCGCACCAAUGGAAUUAUAUACAUGCUAUGGGCGGAGCUUUACGAUCUUCCCUCGAUAAUGUUUCAGCCGUAUUUGCACCUUCUUGUAUAGGCCAUGCGGUACUUUCUAAACGUGAAUGGUUAACUAUUAAAAUUGAUGAAAUAUCAUUGCCUACCGCGUUACGCUGUUGGGAACAUGCAACCCGUCCACAUCGUAAAAGUUAUGGAAAGUUAAAACGCUCCACAGAGGCUACCACAUAUGAAAAUCACAAACGUCACGAUAAACAGAAGAGUAGAAAACAAAAUGCAGAAAAAAGGCGCUUAGAUAAAAGCGAACGUGAAAAUAAUAAUCACUUACGGCAUAAACAACAAAAACGACAUGAAGAGCGACGAAAACGCCGUAAGAAUAAUAUGGCGUUCAUACAUGAAAAUAAUCUGACUAACGGUAUAAGUUCAAGUGAUAAUAAUUCAACUAAUGCUCAGAAUCGCAAGAAUAAAAAUCGACGUCGUAACGAUUUUGAAAAACAAAGGGGUGAACGACAUAUUCAACAAAAAAAACGCCGAAGACGAAGAAAAGAACAACAAAAACAACAACGUCUGAGCAGUUUACGCACAGAUUUCUCUACAGACUCGAUUCAUUUGGAAAAGCGUCGUAACUUGUUAUCAAAAAUUAAUAAACGUACUGGAGUGCCGAGAGUACCAGAGAAAUGUUCUUUACGUUUAAUGGAACGUUGCAGUUGGCCACAAUGCAAUCAUUCUUGUCCCUCCCUCACUAAUCCGGCAACAGGCGAAGAAAUGCGAUUUCUUGAGCUUUUAUCCUCAUUCGGUUUAGACAUUGAAGCUGUAGCGACAGCAUUGGGCGUAGACAUGCAAACACUAAACAAUAUGGAUCGCACUGAAUUGGUUAAUUUAUUGACACAACAAGUAAGUUGACGUUAGGUAAAUAUUAAUAUAAAAAAUCGCAUUAAUUUAAUGCUAAAAAUCUUGUGCGCAUUAAAGACGACAGGUGCUUUAAGCUUGCGUUUAUACAAAAACCUUAGCCAAGAAUUCUAGAAAUUAAUAUAAAAAACAAAAAAGUACUUCGCAACUUAUGUAUCCUCGGUUGACAAGUAAAACGCAUUAAGUACCUUUGCGGCUGAUUGGAGACAAUAAGAUUUUAAAAUUCUAUGCCAUCAGGCAUUUUGACUCGUGUAAUCGACAUGAUGAGUUUCUCUUGCGAUAAAUGAUUGAAAAAUAUAAAACUUUACAAUGUAAAGUCAU